CUUCGAUCCAGGUUACUCAUCCUCCCCUCCCCUCUUGCUCUUACCCCUACGAACACGUUUAAGUCUUCACGUUUGUAAGUGAGUUCGAUUUUAAGAAAUUAACAGACAUAAUGGCCAAUACUGAGAGAACUUUUAUCAUGGUUAAGCCCGAUGGAGUUCAGAGGGGCUUAAUCAGCAAAAUAAUCAAACGAUUCGAAUCCAAAGGCUUUAAAUUGGUGGCUAUGAAAUUUAUGUGGGCUUCUGAGGACUUGUUGGAAAAACACUAUCAAGACUUAGCCAAACUGCCCUUUUAUCCCAAGCUUAUUAAAUACAUGAAUUCUGGACCAGUUGUUCCUAUGGUUUGGGAAGGUCUUAAUGUAGUCAAAACUGGUCGCCAAAUUCUUGGUGCUACUAAUCCUCAGGAUUCAGAAAGGGGAUCUAUUCGUGGAGACUUGUGCAUUCAAGUUGGAAGGAAUAUUGCUCACGGAUCAGACUCAGUAGAUUCAGCUAAGAGAGAAAUCGACCUCUGGUUCACACCUAAGGAACAGAUUGAUUGGACUCCAGCAUUCCAGAAUUGGGUCUAUGAAGACUAAAUAGUUUUUUAACUUUAAUAAAAUAUUUAUUUGUAUGUUCACAUUAUAUGUGGAGUGCAAUUCUCAUACUCAAUAAAACCUCAAUUUU